ACUUAGAUGACUUUGAAUACUAAACAGUCAAACUUUGCAUUUAAUAUAUAUAAAGAGAGUGUUACUAAUUUUCUUCACUGCAUGUUGUAGUAACUUGCCUUGCCGUUAUUGAAAAUUUUUCUUCUCGCUUCUCUCAUCUCUCGAUCUCUCUCUCUCUCUCUCUUGUGCUCUCACCAUGAAGCACACCAACAAAGUCUCCAAGAAACUUACCUUGACAUGGGUUCCUCUUCUCUGCAUUUCAUGCUUUUUCCUCGGAGCAAUCUUCACUUCCAGAUUGCGAUCAGGUUCGUCGGAAUCAGGUAGCCAGCUCAUUUUACAGCACCGGCGUGAUCAGGAACUUAAGAUCGUUUCCGAAGACUAUGCUCAUGAGAAAAAAAAAUCACAAGAAAAAGAUGUCAUGGAAGAAGUUUUAAAAACUCAUAAAGCCAUCGAAUCAUUAGAUAAGUCAGUUUCUAUGCUUCAGAAGCAGCUCUCUGCUACACAGAGCUCUCAAAAGGUUGUUGUUGAUGUGUCAGCCACCACCAAUUCUUCAACAGAAGAAAACCAAAAGAAGAAAGUUUUCAUGGUGAUUGGUAUCAACACUGCGUUUAGCAGUAGAAAACGUCACGAUUCGCUUAGAGAGACUUGGAUGCCUCAGGGGGAAAAUCUAGAGAAAUUGGAACAAGAGAAGGGAAUUGUCAUCAAAUUCAUGAUUGGACGCAGUUCAACGCCAAAUAGUAGAUUGGAUAAGGAAAUUGAUUCAGAAGAUGCUCAAUACAAAGAUUUCUUUAGGCUGGAUCAUGUGGAAGGAUAUUACAAUCUGUCUGCAAAAACCAAAAGCUUCUUUUCUAGUGCAGUUGCAAAGUGGGAUGCUGAGUUUUAUGUCAAGAUUGAUGAUGAUGUUCAUGUCAAUCUUGGUACGCUUGCUUCCACAUUAGCUCUUCACCGUUCUAAGCCAAGGGUCUAUAUUGGUUGUAUGAAAUCUGGACCUGUCCUUACUAAAAAGACGGCCAAGUACCGUGAACCCGAGUUUUGGAAAUUUGGAGAAGAAGGUAACAAAUAUUUCCGACAUGCUACAGGACAGAUCUAUGCCAUCUCAAAGGAUCUUGCCAAAUACAUAUCUGUUAACCAGCCAAUUUUGCACAAGUAUGCAAAUGAAGAUGUGACACUCGGGUCAUGGUUCAUCGGUCUUGAGGUUGAGCAAAUCGAUGAUCGUAAUUUCUGUUGUGGUACUCCUCCAGACUGUGAAAUGAGGGCAGAGGCCGGAGAAAUGUGUGUGGCGUCAUUCGACUGGAAGUGUAGUGGGGUAUGCAGAUCAGUCGAUAGAAUGUGGAUGGUUCAUGUAAUGUGCGGCGAAGGUAAUAAAGCUGUGUGGGAUGCGAAAUUGUAACUCUCUUGCAUAGGAGAAAAAGGAUAAGAGAAGAGAUGAAUAUUUUGUUUUGUAAAGAACCAAAAAGUUCGCUUAGUGGGAGAAAAAGCUGCCGAAGACCUUUUACUUCAUUUAACUUUCUUUUGUGAAACAGACCUUUUUAGUUCAGUAUUUUCCUUUUGUUUUUGUGUUUGUGGAAACAAUAAAAUAUGGAAAGAGAGAAUGGGACUUUUCUAUAU